UAGAAAUGCGCAUGCAGCUGCUACAUAGAAAGGAGCUUGAAACCUGGAAAAAGUGAUCACUGUCAAGACGACUCUUUCAGGAAAAAGACACAAAAUGAGGAUAUUGUUGUGCAUUCUUGUGACCUAUAUUCUUGUAUGCCUUGUUCCUACGGAAGGUGAACAAUGGAACAGGAAGAGGAUGUGUUCACGUGUGCGAAAUAAGUCGAAUUGUAUCGGUGAUAGGGUGCGGUGGAGUUAUGACAAAGAAAAGCAAAAAUGCAAAGCUUUCCUUAGUGGUGAUUGUAACAAGGAUAAGGGUUUCCCGACAUGUAAGAGCUGCAUGAAGACCUGCAAAAGAAAAUCUUUAAAAGGCAAGAUUGAAAAGGGGACGGAACCUGCCAAGGGAGAAAAUUAUCUAGGUGUUUGCCCGCCUUAUGAAUGACAAUGGAAAACCGGAGAACAAAGAAGCUGAAGUUACUCUUACUUCACACUUGUGCAACUUUCUCUUACCGAAAUAAGGAAAUAAAUAUAGCAGCGUUCGUCAUUUUUAUGCA